AUCCGGGACCUAGGGCACCGAAGUACCCCUGCGGCGUAUGCCAUCGAGCCGUCAGGUGGGAAAAGGUGGACGGCCGGCACCAUCUGUUGCGACUCAUGUGAUGUCUGGUACCAUACUGACUGCAUGGGUAUGUCAACACCGGUCUAUAAUACCAUCAACAACCCUAACGUGUCCUGGAUUUGCUGCUCCUGCGGCCUACCUAACUUCAGCUCCAGCCUCUUCAACACUACAGUAUUCGAAACUUCUAAUUGUUUCUCUUCUUUUAACACCAGCACCUGUUCUAGUCCAGCAAGAUCUAUCGGCUCACCUAUCGCUACGUCUUCGCCUAUCGGAUAUGGUAUUACUCCACCGCCUCGCGACCGCACACAUACCAAACCAGUCAGGACCUGUGUGAUCAACUUUCAAUCUAUCCGCAAUAAGGUACCUGAACUGCAUGCAUUUUGCGAAGCUGUGCAACCAGACAUUGUUGUUGGCACUGAGACGUGGCUGGACUCGUCAGUGGGCAGCAGCGAAAUCUUUCCGGACACGUACAAUGUGUUCAGGAGAGACAGAGCUGGCCGGGGAGGGGGUGUGCUUGUUGCUGUAAAGAACAACAUCAUAGCAACCCACCACCCAGACCCGGACUGUCCCUGCGAGUUGACCUGGGUCCGGGUCCAUCUGGCUAACAGUAAGUCCAUCUACAUAGGGGCCUACUAUCGCCCCCCCCCCCCCCCCUCAGCUGGUCAUGAUGAUUUUGUAGCACUAGAAAGAUCAGUGCUGCAAAAGCGGGCUAAUAACAACAAUGCCCACAUCUGGCUAGCAGGUGACUUCAACCUGCCUGAUGCGACCUGGAACCCUGAAGCUAAUACCACCGCUUCCAAUCCAUCCACUCUCACUAGCAAUUACAUCAGCCUUGCCAAUGACUGUGGUCUGGAACAAAUGGUCUGUGAACCAACUCGUACUGUGGGGCAAACUUCGAACACCCUGGAUCUGUUUCUCACCACAAACUCCACCUUAGUGGAGAGAGUCAAAAUCUUACCAGGUCUCAGCGAUCAUGACAUCCCGCUGAUUGAUGUUCAAGUAAAGCCCCAAACAUCAAACUCAAAAGAUCGGCUCAUAUACCUGUGGAGGAAGGCUAACAUCGAUGCACUCCAGCAGGAUAUGGCAACAUACAGUCGAGAGUUUGCAGACCAGGCUCAGCACAACACUGCCUCAGAAAACUGGGAGCUGUUUAAGGCAGCCGUUAGUGGUGCUGCCAAUAAGCAUGUCCCCAGGAAAAAAGUGAGGCCACAAUCCAACAAACCUUGGAUAACUCCCCAGAUUCGCAAAGCUAUGCGUAAGCGGUCUGAACUUUUUUCCAAGGCUAGGAGAUCCAACUCCAAUGAAGCCUGGGCAAAGUUCAAGAGGUGUAGGAAGGGCGUUAAGCAGAGAGUUAGGAAGGCCCAUAGGGAUUAUGUCUCCAAUUACCU